AUGAUAUCUGCUUUGGUAGUUUCACAGAAUGACAGUACUUACAAGACAGCUCACUCCUUUCCUUCUGUUGAUAGUCAAGCCUCAUCGCCAACCAACCCUGCAACAAUUGUUGGACUGUCUGUUAUCUUUGGAAUCAUAAUCUUUCUAACAAUUGGAGGCAACAUAUUGGUGUGUCUGUCCCCAGUUAUCAGCUGUAAACUACGAACGGUAACAUUCAAUUUUCUGGUCUCGUUGGCUGUUGCCGAUCUUUUACUGGGAGUUACCGUUCUACCAUUUAGUGCAAUAUCAGCUCUUACUACCCAUUGGUGGUUUGGGGUCAUCUUCUGCAAUAUUUACAUUUCAUGUGAUGUUCUCUUUAGCACUGCGUCAAUUCUUCAUCUUCUAGUUAUAAGUCUUGAUCGCUACAUUGCCAUUACAAGACCUUACUCCUACAAGUCUAAAAUGGAUCAUUAUAAAAGUGGUGUAGUUAUCACAUUCGUUUGGAUUGUCUCCUUUUGUGUCUCAUUUAUACCAGUGCAUCUUGGAUGGAAUACCCCCAACGGCCAUGUCCAAAACUAUGAUACACCAGGCAGAUGUGUUUUUACCUGGAAUACAAGUUAUAAUCUAUUUGACGGUAUUAUACUAUUUUUUGUUCCUUUAUUUUUGAUGUGUGCCGUGUACGUGAGGAUUGUUUUAAUCGCUAACCGUCAAGCUAAAGCAAUUGGGAAAGUUAUGGUAAACCCUUACCGAAAUGAAAGUACAUGUAACAACACACAUCACAAGCAAAUUGAUGAACACAAAGCCAUUAAGAUAAUUGCCAUCGUCAUGGGCUGUUUUGUCGUCUGUUGGGUUCCGUAUUUUACAAUGUUCACGUUUACAACUGUAUGUGACUGGCAAAUCUCUGAUGUUUGUUACCAGGUGGCUUUGUGGCUUGGUUACACUAACAGCUUGGUAAACCCUCUCAUCUAUGGUCUGCUAAACCGUGAAUUCAGGAGAGCUUUCAAAAUCAUUCUAUCUUGUUUCAAGUUAGAUUUAAGAUGCGGUAGGAGUCGCAAAAACAAGUCCAGCACAGCGACAGCAAUAAAUGUAUCUGGCAGACACAGUGUUGUAAAUCACAUAAACGCAAGUCAUUUGCGGCAUCCUCCACGAACACCAAGCCAAAUUUACCUUCAACUAUUCAAAUCUAAUGCUGACGAUACAAAAAACUGA